AUGGCGUACCGACGCACCAGCGGGGCCCCACAGUGCAACUUCGUAGCGCAGGACAACAUCUGGAAAAAAUACGUUGGAAGUGAACUAGAAGCUGCAAAGAGAUGGUCUCAGAAAUGGGGAUUUUUAACAACACCUCUUGAAGAGUUGAUUGAAGAUAAGAAGAAAGAAAAAGCUAAGCCUAAGAUACAUCUUCCAGAACAUCUGCAGAUUCGACCUGUGACACCCAUGGAAAAAUAUAUUAAGGUGAAUCCAUCUCCUCCAGUACCUAAAACGACCCAGGGGUUUAUUGGUUGGAGAUCAGCUGUUCCUGAAUUGGAACUUGAACGUGGCUUUCAAAUCCAAAGCUGCAAAGGUAGCUUUUUCAAGGAUCUGAAGUGGCCAUGUGAGCCCUCUGAUUGA